UAGAAGCUAUAUAGUAAUUUAGUAAAGCACUAAACAAAAUAAGUUCAAAUUUGUCGUAACGCAUCAAUAUAGGUAUUAAAGAUGAAUAUUCAGCAACUAAUGUUUCGUUUCUUCAGUUUAUUACAUUUGUGUGAUGGAUUUAAAGUUUCAGUGGAUAUAGACAUGAAUCGUGUCAUUCAAACUGUUGAUCCGUUGUCGCCUUCAUUGGCGUUGAACCAGAACAUAAUUCAACAAAGAUGGAUUGAUCAUUUUAAGAAUGUUAAAUUUAUGAAACUGGCACGAAGUCUUGGUCCCAGCUAUCUACGUGUUGGUGGAAUUACAGCGGAUGAAAUAACGUUCGUUAUGAAUUCAAAAACAAGAAUGAAAAAACCUUACAGUUGUUUGGAUUGCAAACUAAGUGGACGAAGAAAGAUAAUCUAUAGCAACAAAGAAAAAUUAGAAAGAGCGUCUAUCGUUAUGACUGAAGGAGAUUGGGAAAAAUUGAACGAAUUUUGUUCAUGUGCUGGUUGGAAACUAAUCUUUGAUCUGAACUUGCUGAUGAGGAACGGAAGUCGUUGGAAUUACACGAAUGCUCAACAACUGAUCAAAUUUACUGAAAAUCGUUACCAUGUUAACUGGGAAUUGGGAAAUGAACCCAAUUCGUAUCCUCACAAAAUGGGAUUGUACAUAUCACCUGAACAAGUGGGUGAAGGGUUUAACCAACUUCGGAAGUUACUUCAAGCAUCACCGUGGUGGGAAUCGUCUAUAAUAGUUGGCCCUGAUCUAAAUCACGUUGGAAGUUUGAAUGCUGCCAAGUUUUUGAGCAGGUUUCUCAAGGCAGCAGGUCAUACUAUUGACGGAAUCACGUACCAUCAGUACGAUAUGAACGGGAAUAUUGCUGAACUUGCAGAUUUCUUAAAUCCACACACUCUGCAUCGUAUACGUAGUCAAACUCAGCAAAUCCUUGACGUUCGCUCGAAAUACGCGCCGAAUAAGUCGAUUUGGCUUGGUGAAACUGCUUCUGCAUAUGAUGGCGGGGUAAAGGGAGUUUCGAAUUCUUUUGCCGAUGGGUUUACGUGGUUAGAUAAACUUGGAACUGUCGCUCAAAUGGGAGUUGACGUUGUGAUGAGACAAUCAUUAUUUGAAGGCAGUUACGCACUUAUAGACAAACACUUUGAUCCACUACCGGAUUAUUGGUUGACCUUUCUCUAUAAGCAAUUGGUCGGAAACAAAGUGUUAAAAGUAACGCUGAUUGAAAUCAAUAAGAAGAAUGACAAUGAGGGAAAAAAAGUUCGAAUAUAUGCCCACUGUACAAAGGAUGGAAGGUAUUCAAAAGGUGCUGUCGUUUUAUACUUCAUCAAUUUAAAAAAUACCACAAUUUAUUUGUCAAUAAAUUCUCUGAAAAACCGAGGAGCAGUUAUCGAUAUGUAUCUUCUAACACCGGGUGAGAAGGGAAACAUUACAUCUAAAUCAAUUCGAUUAAAUGGAGUAACUUUAAAACUGAGCAGUACGAAUACUUUUCCCCGCCUUCGGCCUACGAGAAUAGACGAAUCCAAGUUAAAACUGGGCAUUAAGAUUCCCUCGUUUACAUACGGUUUCCUUGUUUUAAGCGGAGCAAACGCUUUCGCUUGCUACCAAUAAUUCUAAAGUAGCCUAAUGUUUGUGAUCAUCAGUUAUUUUAUUUCGUUUUACUUGUAUAUCAUUUAUGAAAUAACGUGCGUUUAAGGUACCCCAACCAGUGUAUAUCAUUAUUUUGUUAGCGUUACCUGAAAAAUCGAAUAUAUACCUGCAUAAAUAAUUAUAGUGGUCAUAUUGAUCCAUUUUUGUCGAACACUUA